UUAAGUAGGGGAGAUGUUUCCAAUGUAUGCUAGGAUGUGAGAUCGGUGUGAGGCGCCCUGGGUGAGGAGCAGAUGCGAUCUCUAUCCGGAUCUGGUCGGUUGACACCCAGUCCCAACCUAUCCCUCCAAAAGACUUGGACGUUUCAGUAUUUAACCGUGACGACUCACCUCUCAAGUCUCAAGUAAUUAAUGAACGAUCAGAUCUUUCUUCGAUUCCGGAGUCAACUCUACUUCAGGUUUGUGGUCAAGUAGUCAAAUGUUCUCCGAAUCCUCCCCUCUCUCACACACCCCCCCUACCAAGUACCAAGUUCCAGGCUUCCAACUAUUACUCAGAGACGAAUAGAGCAAAAACCCAAACAAUCAAUCCGUAGAUAAAUCAAUGGGGGCGUCCCAAUUAUCGUUUCUGUGUACUACUCGUCCUCCAUCAUCACAACCUAUCUCCCUAAAAUCAUCGACCCUCUUUUACCGCCAUAUUCUUCCAUCGGUCUCAACGACCUCGACAUCCUCUUCUUUCUCUCGGCAACCAUUUCCUUCCAGAAGCAAAACCCUUAUUUCGCCUCUCACCAUCCCUAAGAAUCAUGGACCUGUUCCUUCCCUAAAGACCAGGGCUCAAUUGAACUUCCCUCUCAUUUCUCCAAAGGACCAUUGGGGAACAUGGACUGCUCUCUUCGCUACCAGCGCUUUCGGUAUCUGGUCAGAAAAAACCAAGAUCGGGAGUGCACUGAGUGGCUCCUUGGUGAGCAUUUUGGUUGGGCUUGCAGCGAGCAAUAUCGGGAUCAUUUCUUGUGAAGCUCCUGCAUAUUCAGUCGUAAUGGAGUAUCUGCUCCCUAUGGCUGUUCCGUUAUUGUUGUUUAGAGCGGACUUGCGUCGUGUAAUAAUGUCAACUGGGACAUUACUCUUGGCAUUCUUGCUUGGAUCAGUUGCAACGACUAUUGGAACAUUAGUUGCAUACCUAUUGGUGCCUAUGCGAUCACUUGGGCAGGAUAGUUGGAAGAUAGCAGCUGCCCUCAUGGGCAGGCAUAUUGGUGGAGCUGUAAAUUAUGUUGCUAUUUCAGAGGCUCUUGGUGUCACUCCAUCAGUUUUAGCUGCGGGACUUGCUGCAGACAAUGUUAUCUGUGCAAUAUAUUUUACAUCGCUUUUUGCUUUAGCAUCUAAUAUACCUCCUGAGGCCUCAAAAUCAACUGAAGAUGGUGUAAUAGAUGCAAAAUCUGAACCUGGGAACAAGCUACCUGUGCUACAGACUGCCAUUGCUAUAGCAGUAUCCUUUUCCAUCUGCAAGACUGCCACUUAUCUCACAAAACUGUUGGGAAUCCAAGGAGGGAGCCUUCCAUGCAUAACAGCAUUAGUAGUAAUAUUGGCAACCAUAUUUCCAGCUCAAUUUGGCUACCUUGCACCUGCUGGUGAGGCUGUUGCUCUAAUCUUGAUGCAGGUCUUUUUUGCUGUGGUGGGUGCAAAUGGGAGCAUAUGGAAUGUCAUUAACACGGCCCCCAGUGUUUUCAUGUUUGCGCUGCUCCAGAUAACCAUCCAUCUUGCUGUGAUCCUUGGAGUGGGAAAGUUAUUACGGUUUGACCAGAAACUGUUGUUGUUGGCAUCAAAUGCCAAUGUUGGAGGCCCUACAACAGCAUGUGGGAUGGCAACAGCGAAAGGAUGGGGCUCUUUGGUUAUUCCUGGGAUACUUGCUGGCAUAUUUGGCAUCGCAAUCGCAACUUUUCUUGGUAUCGGAUUUGGAGUCAUGGUCCUUAAAAGCAUGUAAGCAUUUCCUUCAUUUUGUAUGGGAAACUUCACUGUAACACAAUGUUAGCCAUUAAGUUAAGAUGGCGGUGUUAUCUGUCAUACUCGUACACAAAUUUGAUAUUGAAGUUAAUAAUUAUAAUUGAACCGCCUUGCUGUCAUAUAAUCGCAAUUUGCUUGGCAAGAAAGAUUAUACAACCUGUAAACAAGGUAUUUGACUCCAUAUGUAUCAUGCCAUGGGGAUAUGUUAAGCAGUUGGUCC